GCGGGUUUCCCGCGCGCGGCCGGGAGCGAUGGCGGCGGAGCGGGGCCUGGAGCUGGUGCGGGAACUGCACCGCUCGGCCGGCGGGCACCUCCCGCCGUUCCGGACGGAGGAGAUGCGGCAGGCGCUGGAGGAGAUGCGGGCGCUGUACGAGCGGAACCAGGCGGAUGUGUCCGAAGCCAAGGCGGGACGGACGGACCUGAUUUUCCUCAUCCGGUUCCGGCACUGCUGCCUGCUGCGGAACCAGCGGUGCCUCCUGGCCUACCUGUAUGACCGGUUGCUGCGGAUCCGAGCACUGAGGUGGGAGUACGGCAGCGUUCUGCCCAGCACCAUCCAGUUCCACAUGUCAUCUGAGGAAAUGGAGUGGUUCAAUCAGUACAAAAAGUCUCUGGCUACCUACAUGAGGUCAGUAGGAGGAGAGGAGGGGCUGGACCUCACGCAGGACAUCAAACCUCCCAAAAGCCUGUACAUUGAAGUGCGGUGUUUAAGGGACCAUGGGGAAUUUGAGGUCGAUGAUGGCACCACCGUCCUGCUGAAGAAGAACAGCCAGCACUUUUUACCGCGCUGGAAAUGCGAGCAGCUGAUCAGACAGGGAGUCCUGGAGCACGUUCUGUCCUAAGCGUGCAAGACAGGAGGGACAGCUCUGGCUUGGUGCCCUGCCCGCCGUGGGGACUGAGCUCUGGUGUGUGCAGGACUUCAGACACCUCAGUAUUUCUGCUGUGGCACCCUGCCACUCCUCCUAACAGCCUCUGAUGCCUUAAAACCACAGCUCUUCAUGAGCAAAGGGUGCAUGCUGGUGAUAGAGCAUUCCUGGGAAUACAGGAUGGCAGGGGGCGUUAUCCAAGCCCCACAGCCACAACCAGGGUUUGUGAAUGCAUUUUUGUUUGGAAUAGUUCUUUGUUCACACUGUGCCUAUGGGAACGAGACACCGACUGGCUGGGCUCUAGAAGCUGGGAAAACUGAUUGCAAAAUAAAGAACUCCUUCAGCCUCA